CUCGAGCAGUCAAUACUCUUUCCACCCCUUCGCUCGUCAAAAUGCCGUCCUACGUUAUUACUGGAGCUUCUAGAAACCUUGGCUGGGAAUUCCUCCGCCAAAUCUCCAACGAUCCCAACAAUACUGUCAUCGGCCUCGUCCGAAACAAAUUAGAAACCGAUAAGAAGGUAUUGGAAGAAUUGCAAGACCGGACCAACAUCCACAUCUUGCAGGCUGACAUCACCGACUACGCCGCUCUGCAGAAUGCCGCUGCAGAGACAGCUAAUAUCACUGGCGGAGGUCUCGACUAUCUCAUCGCCAAUGCCGGGGCUGUGGCCCACUUUGAUGCUUAUGACCCGAUCGGGGUGUUGGGCCAACAACCCGACAUCCUGGAGAAUGAGCUCAUGACCAUGUUCCAAGUCAAUGUUGUUGGCAAUAUUCACCUCUUUAACCUCUUUGUUCCUCUCGUCCGCAAAGGUGAGGUCAAGAAGGUGAUUGCCAUCUCCUCGGGUCAGGGCUCCCUGGAGAUCAUCCCGAAAUUGAAGAUCAAGGUGGCUUCGCUGUAUGCCAUUAGCAAGGCCGGCUUGAAUACUGCAGUGGCCAAGUUUGCUGUGCAGUAUGCCGAGGAGGGAAUUCUGUUUAUGAGCAUCUGUCCGGGCAUGGUUGAUACGGGACGCUAUGUCGGUGCUACUCCGGAACAGUUGGUAGGAUUGGGUGAGAUGUUGAAGUCGUUCACCGAGUAUGCGCCUCACUUUAAAGGCCCCAGCACCACCGAGGCUGCUGUCAAGGAUGUGCUAUCUGUGAUAAACAAAUCGAGCGUGGAAAAGGGCGACAGUGGAACUUUUGUUUCGCACUAUGGGAACCAGCAAUGGCUAUAGGUCUUUAGCAUUCGAGUGCUAGAACAUGCUGAUCCCGAGUGCUGUGAAAGCUGGUAGCAAUUUACUCAACAUGUAACUCAAAGAUCGAGA